GAGGCACCGGCGGCAGCCUGCCGCCGGAAGCGGCCUGCAGUGCGGGGCCCAAGAUGGCAGCCGGGAUGUACCUGGAGCACUACCUGGAUAGUAUUGAGAACCUACCAUUUGAACUGCAGAGAAACUUCCAGCUCAUGCGAGAUCUGGACCAGAGGACAGAAGACCUCAAGUCAGAGAUUGAUAAGUUGGCCACGGAGUACAUCAGCAACGCACGGACUCUGUCUUCAGAGGAAAAGCUGGGGCUCCUCAAACAAAUCCAGGAUGCCUAUGGGAAGUGCAAGGAGUUUGGGGACGACAAGGUCCAGCUGGCCAUGCAGACCUACGAGAUGGUGGACAAGCACAUCCGGCGGCUGGACACGGACCUGGCUCGCUUCGAGGCAGACCUGAAGGAGAAGCAGAUAGAGUCAAGUGACUAUGACAGCUCUUCCAGCAAGGGCAAGAAGAAGGGCCGAGCCCAGAAGGAGAAGAAAGCUGCUCGUGCUCGCUCCAAGGGGAAGAACUCUGAUGAGGAGGCGCCGAAAACUGCCCAGAAGAAGCUGAAGCUUGUCCGCACUAGCACAGAGUAUGGGAUGCCCUCUGUCACCUUUGGGAACGUGCACCCUUCAGAUGUGUUGGAUAUGCCUGUGGACCCCAACGAGCCUACCUACUGCCUCUGCCACCAGGUCUCCUAUGGGGAGAUGAUCGGCUGCGACAACCCAGACUGUUCCAUUGAAUGGUUCCAUUUUGCCUGCGUGGGUCUGACAACAAAACCCAGAGGGAAAUGGUUCUGCCCUCGCUGUUCCCAGGAGAGGAAGAAGAAGUAAAAUCUGGUGAGCCCUGAGUACUGCUGCAGGAGCUCUCUCCCCCCUGCCAGGGCCUUCUCCCAGCUCCCCCAGCUCUUGGGGCCUUGGCUGGAGGGAGCCUUUCCCUGUGGUUUGGGCCAUCUCUGGGAUGGUGUGUACCCUCCUGGCAGUUCUUGUGUGUUCUGGUUGCUUCUGAAUCCCUAAGGGAGGCCUCCUCUGUGUACUAUUCCAAACAGGUCUCUGAGCCUCCAAGGGAAUGAAUGAAGGCACCAGGGUAGCCACCAGAUUCCCAGGGAUUCAGGUAGCCCCUGAUUUUCCUCGGCUUUCCUUCAGCCUCCUCAGAGUUCAUUGUCUACUCUGCUCAGAGGACAAGGCUGUGGGAUGGGGGAAGGAAGGACCACAGUUUAGGUCUUUGAUUUUCCUGGAUCUUUUCCAGGAGAGAGAGAGUAACCAGACCACUUCUAAAUCUGGUGGACUGGUUGAGAGUCUGAAAACCUGAUGUAUUCCCUGUCUUUAACCAUUCCAUUACUGGCACUGAGCAGCCUCUUUUGUUGGGAAGAGGAGGAGAGGGAGGAGGGAGUGUUUAGAGCUAGCUUUGUCUCAUUCCUUGGGUGGACCUGCUGGUCUGGAAAGCACAUUGUGUGAAGGAGGGAGGAUUUCUGACUGCAUGGGGGGAAGUGGCUUGAUGCAGCCUGUCUUCCAGCUCCACAGUUCUGCCUUCCUUCCAGGCAGUGGUUUCUUCACUAUGGUGGUGAUGGGAAGUUUUGGAAUUCAGAUCCCACUUGUAUAAUAUGGACAUGAAUAAAGGUCAUUGAA